AUGGAAAUCGUAAUUCUAAAAAAUAGAAAUAUUAUGUCUAUAUCUGAAUCACUUAUUCAAGAGAUUGGUUGUUUCGUUAGAUAUUUGUACUUGGCCAAUAACUUCAUCCGGACAUUACCCGACGAAUUAUUUACUGGUUGUACAAAUCUUAUGUGGUUAGAUUUACGAUGCAACCGAAUUCGUCGAUUACCUGACGGUAUUCAGGGUCACAAAAAUUUACAGGUAUUGCUUCUAGGCAAAAACGAUUUAAAGCGAUUGCCUUUAACGCUGGGAUCAUUACCGAAACUUCGAGAAUUACAUGUUGCUGGAAAUCCACUUGAUUGCCUUACUAGAGAUAUGGUGAAAAAAGGUUCUAAAUAUUUAAUAAGUUAUUUACAAGAAAAAUGGAAAAGUGAUCAAAAUAUUAUGGAGACGAUGAAACUAAAUAAUGAUGAAUCAAACGUAGUAAAAAAAAUAGAGGACAAAAUACUUAAAAAAAACAAAAAAAUAAAAAAAAAUAUGGCUACGUCAAAAAUGCAGUUGAUGGAAAGAUAUAGUUGGCCAAUGAUAUUUCUUACUAAUUGGAGCACCGAUCGUCUAGUUACCGAUCGUGAUAUUAGGAUGAAAGAAUUAGAGAGACUUUAUUUAGAAAAACAAAAAGUAAUUUUAGAAAAACAAGAACGAAUUUUACAAUCUUACAAAGAUGAAAAAACGCUGAAAAUAUGGAGAAAUAAAGCAAAACAAUUGCAAUAUUUUGAAAAUUCACACAAAUUAAAAAACUACGGAGGACUCGAGGUACCAUUUGGAGUAAAUAAAGAAUUUUCUAAAAUUAUAUCCAGACAAACGUACAAAAAAGAAUGUAUGGAAAAUAUUAAUUAUAAGAAUGUUGUAAAACGUACAGUAGUUAAACCGUUUGACUUUGACUUGGAAAUGUCAGAUAUUUACAAAAUGCUUAUAAGCUUAACAUCAAACAAUGUAGAAAAUACAAACAGUGAUAAAAAGAAUGAUCCAAAAAUAUCAAAUAUUGAUUGGGAAAUUCAAAAGUUGCAUGAUAUACAAAAAAGAAUUUCACAGUUGAAAACGCGCAUGAUCUAA